AUGCAGGGGCUCCGGCGAGGGCGUCCGGCCCCGCCCCUCGGCCCUCCCCGCCCCGCCCCGCCCUCGCCGGGGAAGGGCCACGUUGCUCUGCUGGCGGGCCGGCCAGGGCCCGGAGCGCCGGCGUCCGUCGGCUGGGAGGCCGGCCCCGGGGAGGGGACGGGGGUCGGGCUGAAGGAGGCCCCGCGGAGCGGAGAGGGCGCUCCGGGGCUCGGGUCCCGGCGCGGGAGGCAGCGGCUUUCUGAGCGCUUCGCGGCCCCGCGCAGCCCCGGGCGGCCCCAGCGGGAAGGGCUCGGCUCGGCGCGGGUUUGGCCGCGCGGCACUCGCGAGCCGGGAAGGGGAACUCCGCGUUCGGUUCUCGGAACCCCGGGCCUCCAGCUGCUGGAGCACGGGCGGGCUCCGCGGGCGGGAGGCGGUUGUGAAACGCGCUGGCGGGGCGUCCGUGGCCGUCAAGUUCAGAGGAAACCCAGGCCAUGUGAAGAGGCUAUGUGCAGGGCGUUGCAGCCAGAACUUCAUCUAACCGUGCUAACAUCAACCUGCAGGCAUGUGCCUGAAUAA